UGUCCAGAUGCAAUUUAAAAAAAUUAAAAUAAAAAAAAGAAUGAGGAAAUGAAUUUGUGGAAUUUUAAAUGAAAAUAAAUUAGAGAAAAUUGGUGAUGAAAUGGGUUGUUUUGUGAAGAUACCCCCAAUUCCCCCAAAACCUUCUAUUCAAUAUGGAAACAACAAAAAUUCUGUUUUGCUCGAUUGGAGUAAAGGCUUUUCACCUUUACCCUCCCAACAACCAAUAAUUAAAUUUGCAAUUUAUAUUUCACAAAAAUUUGAAGAAAAUAUUAAAAGAAGGAAAAACAAUAAUAAUUUUGUCCGUGUUUUGUCAACAAAAAAUAAUUUAACAAAUUUGGAAAUUGCCGAAUUGGAACCAAAUACUUUAUAUUCUUUUUCUGUACGUGCAGAAAACACUGUCGGAGAAAGUCAAUUUGGCCCCGAAGCUGUUUUUAGAACCUUUGGACUGCCUCCAUCCAAAUCACCAGAAAUUCGCUCUUUAAUAAAUUCAACUUCGGCAGAUUGUGUGGAAUUGGAAUGGCAACAACCGAUUAUUGAGGAGGAUGGGGGUGAGGAGUCUACGAGUGAUUCGAUACUUGGCUAUAGAAUUAUUGUAAACAAAUUGGAUGGGACUAAUUUAAAAGAAAUUUAUGCAAAAGGCUCAAAUACCCAAAAACAACUUGUAUGUUCUUUGGAACCCUUUACUGAUUAUUCUCUUACUUUGGAGGCCCACAAUUUAUUUGGAUAUUCUAAAGCUACCAAAACAUCUUUUAAAACUGAACAGAAUAUUCCAAGUGGUCCACCUUUAUCAGUACAAGUUCUACCUUUGCCUGGAGGCACUUCUCUGUCUCUAAAUUGGCGGCAACCUGAAAAAACUAAUGGAAUAAUUCGUGCAUAUUUAAUACAUUUUAAGGAAAUGUUUUCUCAACGACCUUUAAGACAAAUCCGGUUAGAAGCUAAAAAUGAAGAGGAAAAAGAAAAUGAAUUAUUUAAUCAAAAUCAAUUAAAACAAUCUUUGAGUAAUACAGUGUUUGCCUUCAAUCUUACAAACCUUUUAUCAAAUAGCCGCUAUAAAAUUCAAAUUUCUUCAGUUACUGAUAAAGGCGAGGGUCCUAAAAGUGAACCUAUAAUUGUUGAUACUGACAUUGCUGUUCCCCAAGAUUCUCCAAAAAUUACAAGUUUAUUUUUUGAUUGUGCCAGUUUAUUAUUAUCGUUAGAAUGGAUUUUACCUCAAAAUUUAUUAAAUUCAAAAUUUGAUGGUUUUCAUAAAAUUUCAAUUUAUUCCUUAAUGACUCAAACUGUUAGAAAUUUUAAUAUUUCAAUUAAUUCUCCAUCAAAGGUAAAAAAUUAA